AUGCUUCCUGACCUGGAUUUAAUCGAGACAUGCAUAUAUGCUGAAGCUGAAAACCUCCGCCGAUCUGCGACUAUUGUUCUCAAACUAUCUCGAGGUAACCUGUGAGUAAUUAAACUUCUGAUGGAUCUGACGGCCGAUUUCAGUGAGAGGUUAACGGGGAUAUAAAAAUAUAAACGGUUAGAGACAGUUCGAAUGUACAAAGUGCGAAGUGAAAAGUGCAACCAGCAGACAACAAGCAUUGUCUGGCAAAACUGGAAAGGUUUCCGCCUUCCAGCCCCAGAAAGUUCGAAUUCUUACUUGAGGCUCUGAAUGUUGUGAUGAGGAUCGGUUUGUCGAUUUUCCCACCCGAGGAUCAAGCAAACUUGAUUUACUUUUCUGUAGAGGUCUCAUGAUUUUUUCAGUGUCAUCGCUAGGCCCAUUCGGGAGCGCAGGUCACGACAUAUUAAUUUUUACGCAAGACCAUGAGGCUGAAAAAAUUUUGCCUUUAAAACAUUGUUUCUUCUCCAAUUCCCGAUCAGUCCAUUCGGCCGAAUUAUUAACAGACCUUUAUUCCUCGGAUUGGAUGAUUUCUUCCAAAGUUCGGAUGUAAAUGCUCAGAUUGUCGAACUGAUGAUGAUAAUGAUGUUAUUUUUAUUUAAUACCAGUUUACAGGCAUUGUCAAGGGAAGCGAUUAAACACAAAUCCGACCAGCAGUAGUUUAUUCCAAAUAGCAAUUGCAUUUACCGAACAGAACCGACGAUAUUUAACAGUGCGUGCCAGAGGAAGAAAUAAAAAAACCUCACGGUGACUGUUACGUUGGGAGUGGACAUGAUGUCUUAAAGAGGUGAGUGGGUUAAAUGUGUGAUUAGGUAAGAGCUUGAAUAGUAAAAAUAGUCCCUUUUGUAAUCUACGGAACCAUAAAGUAUCAAGGCCCGUAAGCCGGUAACGUUCUUGGUAAGACAAAUGUCGGUGUUCCGGGGUUAAAAUUCUCUUGGUAAAAAAAUACUGGACGGAUUCUACUUUCUUCUGCUCAGCAGCACGCAUGAGGCUAAAUAAAAACGAACAAUAUUCCAGGCCGGGUCGAACGUACAUGUUAUAAAGGCGCAAUCUAAUGUGACUAGUUUUAAAGUUUCGGGGGAUAAAUCCGGUCGUUCUACGUGCUUUGGAGACUAUCAAGACACAGUGCUCCGAGAGAUUGAGACUCUUGGAGUAUGAAACGCCCAAAUCCUUUAUAACCCCUGGCACAUUUAUGGCGUGACCUUCAAUACUUAGUUGAGGUUGACGGUCGUCGCCAACCACCAUGACUGAGCACUUAUGCAAAGAAAGAGAAAGGCGCCAUGUGCGGCACCACUGGGCGAAAGCCUGCAGAUCGCUCUUUAGGAGCUCAAGCACGAUGUCACGAUCUGCCGGCAUAUAUCGAUAAGCAACCUUAAGAUCAUAGGCAUACAUGAAAAGCUUACCAUUCUGAAAUAAAUGGGGUACAUCAUUAACGAAAAGGCAAAAUAAAAGCGGACCGAGUACACUACGCUGAAUGACUCCACUCCUCACACGUGUGGGGUUGGAGAUGAUAUUGGAAGUCUUAACUCGUUGUGUAAGAGUGCGCCGAGGCGCCAGACUAUCUUGCCUUUCCCUACCUGUUCCUCAUUCUUGAACUUACUGGUUGUUUAACUGAAUGGAAUGAACACAAAUCGACGCGACGCGCUUGGCAUGAAUGGGUUUGUCAGGUCGUUUGACUUUUGGUUAUUACUUCUUCCAUAACUCUGGUCUUAUCCUGAUUUUCAUAGUUUGGGAUUGACGGUUCUGUCUUUAGCGCUCGCUACAGUGGUUACCCCUUGACGUUCACGCUUGUACCUUUAAUUAGUCGACUUUCUAUUUGCAUAUCGCCCGUUUGCCUUCUUUCUUUCUUUCUACAAUCAUGUCCUCUACGAAUUCCAACGAUCCCACUUCUUCUCUCAGUGGACUUGUUUCUUCCCUCCCAGACUUUUGGCAACAUGCGCCAGAGGUUUAUUUUUUCCGUAUUGAGGCGACUUUUCACUCCGCCAAGAUAACACGUUAAACCGACAAGUUUUAUAAGCUGGUCGAGGCUCUGCCUCCCACCAUUCUUUCUCAAGUGCAGACGCUUCUGAGAGAUCCCCCGACUGAUGCUCCUUACACCAAGUUAAAGGCUGAACUUCUUCGCCUGACAUCAGUCUCCGAUCGGCAACGUUAUCACGCACUAGUAAAAGAGGAGGCCUUAGAUGAUCGCAAGCCGUCGGAACUCUUGCGUCGCAUGCGUUCUCUGGUUGGGAAAAGGAAAAUCGACGACACGUUCUUUAAAGAGAUGUUCUUAGAACGUCUGUCGACGUCUGUACAAACAGUCUUGGCCUCUGGCUCCGACGACCUAAAAAUAUUAAAGUUAGCGGAGAUGGCUGACCGUAUGAUGGAGGUUGAGCGUUUGUCAUCCCCGACGAUUGCUCAGGUGUCCCAGCCUCUCAACGUGUCUACCUCUGACCUUACUGAACUAAAGACACAGAUUGCCCAGUUGUCAGCGUCUGUUGCCGCUUUGCAUCUGCGCCGAUUCCCCCGUCCCUCUCGACGUUCCUUCGACCGUGACCGUCGUCGUUCCCGCUCUCGCCCCAGGACCGCCAACCUAUGUUGGUAUCAUGUCAACUAUGGCGACAAGGCGCGAAGCUGUGUCCCACCCUGCUCCUUCAAGUCCACGCAGGGAAACUCCUCGGCCGGAGAGUAA